ACUAAAAUAUUUAAAAAACUUUAAAAAUUAACAAUUUAUAAACAAACCAAUUUUUUUAUAAAUAAAUUACUUUUUAAUAAAAAAAUAUAAAAUAAAAACAAUGGAUAAUGAAAUUAAAUUACCCACGGUUAACGAUAUAAUCGUGGUGCCAACACCCAAAACUUUUAGUGAAUGUGAUUCAACAGAACCCAAAACAGCAAAACAAGGUUUAACAACUCAAUCCUCAAGCGAAGAAGAUCGACAGACACAAACCCAAAAAGGAGAGGAAGAAGACGAAGAAAUUGUUGAUAUUGAAAAUGUUACAGUUAAAUUUCGUUUAAAAGGCAAUCAAACUAUUGCACAAAUUUAUCCCAAUUGCAUGACUUUAGCUGAAGUAAAAACCGAUAUUGCUAGACGUUUUGAAAUCGAUGCAAAUUUGUUGGUACUCAAACAAGGUCAGCAGAUACUAUCGGAUUUAUGUUCAAUACGAGAAACUGAUAAUGAUGAAUAUGGUAUACAUGAAUAUCAGUUGGAAUUAAAUGUUAAAUUGAAGCCACUUAAAAUCGAGGAUCAAGCAAAUGGGAGAAGUACUGAAGAAGAGUCGUCUAGACAACCUAAAUUAGAUUUAAAUGUUUAUUACAGCAAAUAUCGUUUACCUGAUUUUAUAACGGUUUAUAUACCAGCCGAAGAUUCUCGUAAUGGCAAGGCCAAAAAUAUUGUUGUCGAAAUACAGAAUCGUUCGAUUGUCAAACCAUUUUUAUGUGGUUACAUAAACAAAACGACAGGCAUUGAAUAUUUGGAUGCUUUCACUCAGACGGGACCAUUUAUAAAUAAAUGCAAAUUCCAAAAUUAUACUAGCCGAGAUACGCAGACUCAUGAACUCAAACCAAAAUUGGUUGAUACAAUGCAUGAUCAAAUGUCACAAUGUUGGCUUGAUGGUAAUAAUGUACGUUAUUGGUCUGAGGCCACCGAUUAUUAUAUAACAGCUGGUAAAUAUACUACACAUGCCCAGCAAGAAAGACGUAUAAAUAGGUUGGGAAAAAUAUGUUUAAUACAACGUAAUUUUCGACGUUGGAAGUGGAUGAAAUGGAUGAAGCAAUGUGCCCAAGAAUAUAGACGUCUAGUAGCAAAUCGUUUAGUCGAAGAGCAGGUCUUUCAAGAAAACCAACAAAAAAGUAUAAAACGUGAACAAAGAGCUAAACAAUUUCCACGAACUAAAGAUGAUUUUGAUUUGUUGUAUGGAGAGGUGCAAAAAUGGAAAAUGGCUGAAAUGAAGCGUAUUGCCAGCAUGUACGAGGGAGCAUCACGUAUAGCGGAAAUAAAUAUAUUAUUGGAUAAAGAAAUCACCUUAUUAAGUGGCAUUGAUCGUCAAAGACAAUUAGUGUUUGAGGCCAUGAAAGAUUUUCGUCAGGAACAAUUACUUAAGAAAAUGGGCGAACCCAUUAAGUGGAUUGGUUAUGGAGAUACCGUGGUGCAUUUGGAUUUGUUGCGUACACAACGGGUACGUUUUUUAACGGAAAUUUAUAAAGAUUUACAGAAAUCAUUACCCAAAGACAAACGUUUGGAUUUAAUAAAUAAAGUACGUGAAAUCUUGCUAAAUGAACAAGAUUUUCCCGAUUUUGGUGAGCUUUAUGAUUUGUUUGAUCGCGAACGAAAUCUACUGGUGUAUACAAAAUAUUGUGAUGUGGAAGUUUUGCGCAAACGUCAAAAUAUUUUAUUUGUAGAGCUGAUAAAAUUUGACAGGGAGACUAAGACACAUAAACAAGGAAAUCGAAUGUGUACAGUUUGUAAACAAGUAAAACCUUAUUCACAAUUUGCCAUACGCACCAGGCAAUAUCAGGUGGAUACUUGUAAGAAGUGCUACUAUCUUAAGGAGGCCUGUACUGAAAAUCUUGUUUACACUGCAAUUUUACGUAGUAUACAACGUGAAGAACGUAAAAAGAAAUGCAAUGGUUCUUUUGCAUUUAUAAUGCAAGUGGAUGAUGUACGUCAUAUAGUCGAACAAAUAUGGCAUGGCCAUUCUAUUUUGAAUAAAUGUGAAAAUUUAACAAAACUAAGAUUACCACGCUGGAAUAAAAAUGAGGAAUGGUCUCCCUGGAAUUGUAUUUGCUUAACCGAAACUGAAACUAUUAAUCACAAUAGAGUAGAGGAUUUAGAUAAGGUAUACGAUCUUAAAAUACGUUUAGAGGUGGGCAAUCGUCAUAUGUUGGCCAGAAAUGCUUUUCACAAUUUGGCUGCAGUUUCAGUAGAAUUUACAGAAACCGGUAAAUGGUGGAACACGGGUUUGAAUAAACAACGCCUAGUACGCUUAGAACAUUUAAGCUCCAACAAGAAUGCUGUAAAAGCAAAAAAUCAACAAAGACUCUAAUGAGUGUUAACUACAAAUUGGGUAAAAUUCUACACAAAUUAUAUAAAAAAACUAAUUUUAAUAUUUUCAAAAAUAAAAUUAAAUUUAUUUAAU